AUGGACGGAGUGGGUCAAACUCCUGUCUACUCUGGAGACGAGGCGCAACGGGCAAUAUCGAGGUCGUCCGAUAAGCCUUACUCGGCCUUCUCGAGAUCCACGAAAUGGUUCAUCGUCUCUCUGAUGGGCAUCACCGCUGUCUUCUCCCCAAUCUCUUCCAACAUCUUCGUCCCCGCCAUCCCCACUCUUGCCAAUGAUUUCAAUCGAUCCGAGCAAGACAUCUCGCUCGCCGUUACCGUCUAUCUGGUCUUCCAAGCGGUCACGCCCUCUUUCCUCGGAAGCGCUUCAGAUUCGUUCGGUCGUCGUCCGCUCAGUAUAGGCGGUCUGAUCGUAUACAUCGGUGCGUGCAUUGGACUGGCGCUAUGUCCGACAGGGAGUUACUGGUUGUUGCUGGUGCUACGAGCAGUCCAAGCAACCGGUAGUUCCUGCCUCAUCGCGAUCGGGUCAGGCUGUGUCGCCGAUGUUGCCGAGCCUCGAGAAAGGGGAAUGUUCAUGUCCCUUUUCCAGGUCGGUACCCUAUUCGGGCCUCUGUUCGGUCCGCUCUUGGGCGGAAUUUUCGCUCAAACGCUCGGAUGGCGUGCGAUCUUCUGGUUCCUCGUCAUAGCCACUGCCGUGGUGCUUAUACCGCUGAUCUUCUUUCUACCCGAGACGCUAAGAUCGCUUGUUGGCGACGGCUCGGUCCCUCCUCCUCGACUUUCGUCCUCACCUCAGCAACUCUGGGAACAUCAUCUCGCAACGAAGGAGCGCAAACGUACAGGGGAGGAAAAGGCGCACGUUGCAAGACCAGAUCGCAAGAAGUACCAGCCACUUUCUGCGUUCCUCGUCCUGCUCACUCCCGAAAUCUUCCUUGUCUUCUUCUUCUCGUCGAUCCUAUAUCUUGAAUUCUACUCAAUCUUAACUCUUUACUCGACAGCACUCAAGGGCUCCUAUGGGUUGAAUGAGCUGCAAAUAGGUCUCUGCUACCUACCCGGGGGAGCGGGAUUGGUCAUCACGGCCCUCAUCAACGGUCGGCUGGUCGACUAUUUUUACCGCAAAGAGGAAAAGAGGGUCGGAGGGGACUUCAGAAAGAAGGCAGAGGAAUUUAGGCUGGAACGAUCGAGAUUUAUCUUCCUCACACCGCAUAUCUUCAUCGUCUCCUGCGUCGCCCUCGGCUGGUGCUUGGAGGCGCGCGCACCGUUAGCCGUCACUCUUGUCAUCAACUUCUUUGUCGGCCUCGGCACUUCAACCAUCAACUUGGCAACGAUUUAUGGGCAAGAUCUGAAACCCGGUCAAGGUGGCGCCGUUUCAGCGUCCCUCAAUCUCGUCCGUUGUCUUUUGGGCGCAGUGGGCACUGGAACCAUCCAGCUUCUUUACAGUGCCAUCGGCGCAGGUUGGACCCUCGUUCUCCUCACCGGUCUCAGCGUCAUCUUCCUGCCCAUCCCGUUCUUCGUCAUGCACUAUGCCCCGGCUUGGCGGAUGCGGAGAAGGGAGAAAAAGGAGGAAAAGCUUAGGAGGAAGGGAUCAGAGAAGUCAUCGCGGAGAUGA